UUGGCGCGAAGCAAGAGUGCGUUCCAUGUACGUUGCCGUUCAUUUGAUUUCAAUUGAAAUACUCAAUGCGUAAAAAUGGUAAAUUCAAUUAGUUUUUAAUUAUUUUCAAUGUCUUUUUGACAUUGAAUGAUAUCUCUUAAAAAAAUUUAUUGGUUUUUGUGGAUUUUUUAUCCAUUUUAAAAUUCAUAAACACUAAAAGAUUCAACAUUUUGCCGGUUUGGUUGUAUUGCGUUUGACUGUCAUUCUACUGCGAAAUAAAAUAUGGCUGAUGCUUAAAGUAUUUUAUGUGUGUGCCACGCCGUCAAUAAUGAUUUGAGAUAUAUUUGUGGUGCCGGUGUUUUUUUUUUCUAUCAGAAAAAUUGAUAAAAAUUUGGCACUAAAAUGGAUACAUCCACACAAUCGAAAGCCAGGCUUGGGCUGGAAAAGCAAGAACAUCUCGUUAAAUUGGCGAUAUUAACCACAGCCGCUAUUUUAUCGUUUGCAACACGCCUCUUUUCGGUUCUACGAUUCGAGAGUGUUAUCCAUGAAUUCGAUCCGUACUUCAACUAUCGCACAACGCGAUUUUUAACCGAACAAGGUUUCUACAAUUUUCACAAUUGGUUCGAUGAUCGAGCAUGGUAUCCGUUGGGUCGAAUAAUUGGUGGUACCAUCUAUCCUGGAUUAAUGGUCACAUCAGCUGCAUUGUAUCGCAUUUUAUGGUUGCUGAACUUUACCGUGGACAUUCGAAAUGUUUGCGUUUUUUUGGCACCGUUCUUCUCAUCACUCACCACAUUGGUCACCUACCUCUUGACUAAAGAAAUUCACAGCACUGGAGCUGGUUUAGUAGCAGCCGCUAUGAUUUCAAUUGUCCCCGGAUACAUUUCGCGAUCAGUUGCUGGUUCUUAUGAUAACGAAGGAAUUGCCAUUUUCUGCAUGUUAUUAACGUACUACUUAUGGAUCAAAGCGGUUAAAACUGGUACUAUCCUCUGGUCAACCAUGUCGGCUUUGGCUUACUUCUACAUGGUAUCAUCCUGGGGUGGUUAUGUUUUUCUCAUCAACUUGAUCCCAUUGCAUGUGCUCGCCUUAUUGCUCACCGGUCGAUUUUCCCAUCGCAUUUAUGUUGCAUACAGCAUCUUGUACUGUGUCGGAACCAUUUUGUCCAUGCAAAUUUCAUUCGUUGGCUUUCAACCGGUUCAAAGCUCUGAACAUAUGCUGGCUUUGGGUGUGUUUGGGCUGUGCCAAAUCUUUGCAUUCAUCGAGUAUGUACGCGCUCGUCUCUCGAAAGAGUAUUUUGAAACAUUGUUGAAGGCCGUUUUAAUGACUGUUUUUAGUGCAGUUGUCAUUGUUGGCAUCAUUCUCAGCAUCACCGGCAAAGUGUCACCAUGGACUGGACGUUUCUACAGUCUGUUGGAUCCUAGCUACGCCAAAAAUCACAUUCCAAUUAUUGCCUCAGUUUCUGAGCAUCAACCGACUUCUUGGUCAUCGUUUUACUUUGAUUUGCAAAUUUUGGUAUUCCUAUUCCCAGCUGGUUUGUACCUGUGUUUUGCAAAGUUGACCGAUGCUAACAUUUUCAUCAUUUUAUAUGGCGUUACGAGCAUUUACUUUGCGGGUGUAAUGGUUCGUUUGAUGUUGGUAUUGGCACCAGUAAUGUGCGUAAUUUCUGGUAUUACCGUGUCACAUCUUCUGUCAAAAUACAUCAAGAGCCCUGUGACUGCACCUACCUCAACUACAGCCGCCGUAUCCUCGAACAAAGACGCCAAAAAGUCAAAGAAGUACGAGCAACAGUCGGGUGUAAAGAAGGAGAUUGCAUGGGCAUUUGUUGGUCUCAUGACAUUCCUAUUGAUUACAUAUACGUUCCACUGCACUUGGGUUACAAGUGAAGCCUAUUCAUCGCCAUCGAUUGUGCUCAGCGCUCGUUCAAUGGACGGUUCACGGAUUAUCUUUGAUGAUUUUCGCGAAGCCUACUACUGGUUGAAAAUGAAUACACCAGAAGAUGCUCGCAUUAUGUCAUGGUGGGAUUAUGGCUAUCAAAUCACGGCCAUGGCAAAUCGAACAAUUUUAGUAGACAAUAACACGUGGAACAAUACGCACAUUUCAAGAGUUGGCCAAGCGAUGGCAUCAUCCGAAGAGAAGGCUUAUGAAAUUAUGCGUGAACUUGAUGUCAACUAUGUUUUAGUCAUUUUCGGUGGAUUAACUGGUUACUCCUCGGAUGACAUUAACAAAUUCUUAUGGAUGGUUCGAAUUGGUGGCAGCACCGAUCGUGGCGCUCACAUCAAGGAAAGCGACUACUAUGCUCCACAAAGUGGCGAUUUCCGCAUCGAUCGAGAAGGUUCACCAACUCUCUUGAAUUGCUUGAUGUACAAAAUGUGCUACUAUCGAUUCGGACAGGUCUACACCGAAGGUGGCAAACCGCCAGGCUACGAUCGUGUCCGUGCCGCCGAAAUUGGCAACAAAGAUUUCGAAUUGGAUGUUUUGGAAGAAGCAUACACGACUGAACAUUGGCUUGUGCGAAUUUACAAAGUUAAAGAUUUGAGAAACCGUGGAGUAUAAAAAAAAAAGCCGCAACCGUGUAAGAUAUUCAACGCUCUAGCCCAUGCCUAGACGCGAAUCUGUGCAUUAGAGAGUUAUUAACCAAAAUUGAAUUAACAAAUCGAGUAUAGAAAGAACAAGAACAACAACAAAAAAGAAUGAGUGAACAAAUAAACAUAAACUAGAUUUUGUAAGUUCUCUAUACUAAUUUAGACAAAUGUUUGUUUGUAAAUACAAAGUAUUUUAAUAUAAUUGUCAGAAAUAAUCUCCAUUGAAAUCAUUGAUAAAAGAUAAUCGUAAUUUCGAUUUGCACAAAAUACGAGAGGCGAUCCAGUCUGUUAACUGAACAUAUAACCCUUUGUGAUUCUUAUGCAUGAACUCAGUGCUCUCAUAGACUAUAAAAGCAAGCAUUUACAUGUUUUUUUUUAGGUUUUCAAAAACAUAAAUCUUUAGAAUUUAGAACUUUUGCAAUAUAAAAAUGACACAGAACAAAAGAAAAGCAUUGCACACCAAAAGUAUGCACCAUUAUUGCAAUUUGAUCUAGAAAUACACAUUUUUUUUAAAACUUAAUAACCAAACUGUGGAA